UCUCUCCAAACACUAUUAUAGUUGGACUAAUAUCAGGUAGUUGUAAGUACUAACUAAUGACCACGGUCCACAGCAAAGUAACUGAUAAAGUUUAUGAUGUGCAGUGUAAAGUAUUUAGUUGUUGAUAACACUUGAUAUCUUGUUUAUUUUUUUCUAUCAGUUUAAUAAUAUUAUAGAGCCUAUAAUAUAGACCUAUUAAUUGACUAUAUCUGGUUUAUAUUUUUAUAAGCACAGAAUAGAUUAAAUAGUAGUACCACCAUAGACCUAUAAACAUAUAUAUCUUUCUAUAAGUCUAUGUAUAUAUUAUUAUUUUAUUCCUUUAUCACUGAAUGUCAUCAAUGAUAAAUUUAAUUUAAUAUUUAUGAAAUCAAAAACUUUGGUUGUUAUUUGUUACCUACCAACUUUAAAUGUUUUAAUGUUUAAAAAGUUACAUUUAUUUGUUUGUAAUAAGUUAACAGUAAUUCGACUAAUACUCAUAAUGUCUAGAAUGAGACCAACUCAUAACCAAAUGAAGUUUUUGGUUGAUCAGAUGGCCAACGAUCAGCAAUUGUGUUCGAGUAAAUUUACUAAAACAUUCACACAUAAAAUCGCCCAACAGAGAUGGGAAAAUAUUGCUGUUCAAUUAAACUCGUUACCAGGAGCAGAGAAAAAUUUGCAAAAAUGGAAAAAGACAUGGCAAGAUACUAGAAAUAUUACAAAAACAAAAGCUGCAGCUAUUAAACGACAUCUAGGGGGUACAGGUGGUGGACCAAGUUGUUCAGUUGAAUUAAAUGCAAUUCAAAUAGAAACGUUACCUUUAUUGAGCAAAUCAUCAAUUAGUGGUCACAGCAAUUCGGUUGAAUCAAUUGUCCAGUUUGAUUUUGAUGGCUCUACCAAAGAUGUGAUAACUGGUAAAUUAACACAUCAAUUUAUUCUAAAACUGAAGAACUAUGUAUGGAUUUUGGAUUUUGUGGAAUCAUAUAUUUGCAAUAACAGUGGAAAUGAAAAUCCUGCAUUAAUUGCCAAAGAAACAGUUAAUUCAACUGAAAAUGAAAAUACCUACAAACAUUCAACUUUGAAGCUAUCAUCUACUAUCAAUGCUCAUAGACCAACUCAACCAAAAUUGAGAAGAAAAAUGACUGUUGCUUCCAAACUCAGCAAAAGCAAUACAGAGGCAAAUUGUCUAGCUAAUAUUGCAGAGAAAAAGUGUGACAUGAAAGCAGUUUACUACGAGAAAAAAAUGUAACUCUCAAAAAUUUAAAAACAUUCUGAAUUUGUAAACUCAAAGUUGCAUACAUUCCUUUAAAAAACUAGACUGAUAAAAUUAUAUUAGACUGAUUUUUUUUUUUUCAUAGUAAAGUUAUGUAAGUUAUUACUAUUAAUUAUUAUUUUUC